AUGGAGUCCGCCAAAUCGGCUCUGAAAACCUUCUGUGCUCUCUAUUUGCUUUGCUGGCUGGUGCCAUGUGUCCAGCCGGUGGUGGUGGGUAAAGCCGGGGGCACGGUGGAGCUGCGGUGUGUGCUAACCCCCUCGCUCCCGGCUCUGUUCUCUGACUCUCCGGUCGUGGUGGAGUGGGUACGACAAGGCCUCGACAUCCCAGUGCUCAUCAACUACGUGCCCUACCCGCCCCGCGUGCACCCGCAAUACGAAGGCAGAGCAUCUCUGGUCGGGGUCAGCUCCCUCAGGCUGGAGCCCCUGCAGCUGGAGGACCAGGGUCUGUACGAGUGCCGGAUCCUUUCAUUGGACAAAAGCACCAACGAACUGCAGAACGGAACCUGGACUCUGCUCUCCGUCACCGCUCCUCCCACUCUCACCAAAGCUCCGCCUCCUGUCGUAGAGGUGCUUGUCGGAACGCCACUGUCACUCACUUGCGUCGCCACCGGCAACCCUGCUCCACUCAUCACAUGGCUCAAAGACGGAAAAGUGAUUCAGACGGGUGGAGUACUGUCCGUGCCGGUGGUGAUGGCCCAGUCUCAGGGUCAGUACUCCUGCUGCGCCUCCAACUCCCUGGGAAACAGCAGCCACAGCAGCAGGGUCCUGGUCAAAGGUCCUCCCGUCAUCAUUGUGCCGCCCAAAAGCACCCGGCUCAACAUGUCCCAGAAUGCCCUGCUCCAGUGCCAGGCCGUGUCCAACCCUCCCAACAUGACCUACGUGUGGCAAAAGGGUCAAGAGAACGUCCACCACAUCGACUCUCUGAAGUCCCGCGUGAAGAUCAUGGUAGACGGGACUCUGCUCAUCUCCAGGCUGCUCCCGGAGGAUUCUGGGACGUACACGUGUAUGCCCUCCAACGGCCUGCUGACCCCGCCCACCGCCUCCGCAAACCUCACUGUGAUGCACCCCGCCCAGGCUGCCCAGACCCCCCAGGACAUCUACCUCCCCACGGGUAAAGACGGCCUGGUGUCCUGCCCCACGGUAGCUCAGCCGCCGCUGCUGCGUGUCGAAUGGAUCAAAGAUGGCGAGCCGCUCGACCUUUCUGUGUUUCCAGGCUGGAGUCUCACAGCAGACGGUUCUCUGCUGAUGGCCACGGUCAACGAUGAUGUGGCCGGCGUCUUUGUGUGUACGCCGUAUAACAGCUACGGCACUAUGGGGCCAUCGGGGCCAAUCACAGUCAAGCUGCAGGACCCCCCGUGGUUCAGCCUGGUCCCAGAGGCGGAGUACAGAGAGGAGGUGGGGAGGCGCCUGCUGCUGCCCUGUCAGGCUAAUCAGGACCCCACUGUCAAAGUCACAUGGAGCAAGGUGGACGUCUCCAGGCGUGUAUCUUACUCCAUCGCGGCUAACGGCUCGUUGCUGCUGCAGCCGCUGACCAAGGAGCACCAGGGCGCGUGGCAGUGCAGUGCUGCUAACCGUGUGGCCUCUGUGAGCACCUCCACACGGGUGUCUGUGCUCGGAACCAGUCCACACGCUGCCACUUCCCUAUCCGUCUCCCCCGGACUCAAAGAGGCCAACGUGUCCUGGGAAGCGGGCUUUGAUGGUGGAUCCGAGCAGACCUUUUCAGUUUGGGUGAAGAGGCUGUCCACAGGGGGCAGCGAGGAGAAGCAGGAGUGGUUUUCGGUGCAGGUGCCUCCUUCCUCUGGGACCCAGCUGCAGGUGGAGGGUUUGAGUCCCGCCUCCACAUACCAGUUCAGCGUCCUGUCCCACAACAAGAUCGGGACCGGACCCUUCAGCGAGAUCGUCACGUCCGUCACUCUCGAUGCCUGGCCGAGGAGGAGCUCUCGCCUGCAGCCUCCCUCGGCUCUGUGGGCCUCCCGUGACCGCGCUGGGGUCCUCCUGCAUUGGGCCCCUCCCCUGGACCAGUCCCCGCCAGUCUGGGCCUAUGUGCUGCAGUCUCGUGCGGAGGAGGAGGCAGAGUGGGUGAACGUGGACCAGAAUGUCAGCUCCAACAGCAGUGAGAUGGUGGUGCCCGGCCUGCGCAAGGACCGUGUCUACCAGUUGCGCCUCCUGUCCCGGCGCGGGGAGGCGCUGAGCGAGCCAAGUCCAUCCGUCAAUGUCACCACUGUGGGUAUGGAUAUGUACGCCUCCACGUCCCGCCUCCUGGAAUUCGGACCUGAGCCCUUAUUGGCUGGGGUUCUUGGGGGCGUGGCUUUCAUGUGUCUGGCGCUGGUUGCUCUUCUGGGUGUCGCGUGUCUGAUAAGCCACAAGAGGGAGCGUCGGCGCCAUCAGAGGAGAGAAGACGUCCCUCCCUCCAUCUACAAACACUCCCCUCCCAUAAAGACCUCAGGUGGUGGCAGUCCAGACAGUAUGCUGAAGAAAACGCUCCUCCCGUCCACCAACCUCUACCCCACCACCUCCUCCACCUCCUCCUGUGCCACGGACUGCUCCUCGUACAGCGCCCAGAACAAGCGCCAAUCCUUCUCCAGGGCCAGCCUCAACAGAACCAGCUCCUCUCCCGUUUCUCACGCCAUCGAAAUGAUCUCACGCGGUCCCGAUGGCCGGUUCCUCACGUCAGAGUACGAAACAUUGAGCAUUGACAGCAAAAAAGAGUACGACCUUCAAGAGCGAAGAUCUCUCUCUCUGAACUCGGAAUGCGAUGAUCAGAAAGAAUCUGCUUACGUUCUGUCUGUUGACCUGCCACCAUGUAAACCAGUGCAACGGGACAGAACAACACAAGAUUACAAUUACAAGGCCAUGAAGGCUGCGGGCCGUUACUUAGACGCAAUUAAGAGUCCAUAUUUGGAAGAUGACGGGAGAUAUAUUGAGUAUGAAGGAGAUGAGGAAGGGUUCAAAGGAGUGCAACAUUCGGGGAGUUACAGCAGCUACGCCAGCAGCGGUAGAGGGAGCAUGGACCCACCCAAUCACAGGCUGUCGCUCUGUCACAUGUCCCCCACCCCGCGGGAGUCACCGGCCCGGAUGGAGGACAAGAUCAACGGGCACAAGAUCAACGGGCAUAUCGAUCACAGCCACUCCAGGAGGAAAGAGUCCGUUGAUGAGAACUAUGAGUGGGACGCAGCAGACGCGUGCUCGCAGGCCGCAGACAACGAAGGCCUCCUCCCCCCGCUGCCUCUGCAGAAGCCCGCUCUGAGCUGCAGCCCGCCCAGGACCCACCUCACCACCGCAGCCCUGAGAAGCAGCCCUGCUCCUGGGCUCCACCGGGCCUCGGCUCUGCCCCCACCGGAGCCCGCCGUCCUGUUCUGA